CGCUCGCGCCGUCCCCCGCUCGCGCCGGGAUGUCGGGCCGCGGCAAGCAGGGCGGCAAGGCGCGCGCCAAGGCCAAGUCGCGCUCGUCGCGCGCCGGCCUGCAGUUCCCCGUGGGCCGCGUGCACCGGCUGCUCCGCAAGGGCAACUACUCGGAGCGCGUGGGCGCCGGCGCGCCCGUGUACCUGGCGGCCGUGCUCGAGUACCUGACGGCCGAGAUCCUGGAGCUGGCGGGCAACGCGGCGCGCGACAACAAGAAGACGCGCAUCAUCCCGCGCCACCUGCAGCUGGCCAUCCGCAACGACGAGGAGCUCAACAAGCUGCUGGGCCGCGUGACCAUCGCGCAGGGCGGCGUGCUGCCCAACAUCCAGGCCGUGCUGCUGCCCAAGAAGACCGAGAGCCACCACAAGGCCAAGGGCAAGUGAGGCCGCCGCGCCCGCCCGGGCCCGCCGGGCCCAGAGACAACAAAGGCUCUUUUCAGAGCCACCCCCAGCCUCGAGAAAAGAGCCGCACGGCGCGCGCGGGGCGCACGCGGG